UCAAGGCCGGAAGUCGGCUGGCGGCGGCCGUUGCCGUGGAGACGCGGCGCUGUUUACCGCCGAGAAGGCCCCGCCUGCGCGCAGGGCUGCUGGAUGGAGCCCCGGCCAGGCUGCAACACCAGCGACUGCCCGGCCGUGGCUGCAGCGGAGACCCUCCUGAACUGACAGCCCUCCUGAUACCCGGAGCUGCCAGUUGCCCGGAGCCCAUGGAGCAUCUUUGGCAGGCCUCCUGAAAAGCAAUGGCCGCUGCCUCACCCCUGACCAUCUCACCCUCUGAACGGAAGGUCCCCUUCGGCAUCGCAAAGUCUCCCGGCUGGCCGCCACUCCCCAGCAUCGCCAUGCAUGUCACCCGGCCAAAAUCCGCCAAGGGGCGCACCCGGUCCAACCUGAGCUAUUCCCAGAGCCUGGGGGCCUACUCCUACCAAGUGCCAUCGUCCCCCCAGCCGGUCGCCACCCCUGGGGAGGAAGAGGUCAGUGGCCGGAGGGCAGCCUCCUCCCAGCCCAUCCAGGCGCUCCCAGCCGAAGUGCCGGACCUCCUCCAGCAGGUGCCCACCAGGACCUCAUCUUCCCUCAACAAGUACCGGGUACUGCCGUCCAUCAGCAGGAAGGACCGGAGGACAGGCACUGCUGAAGUGAUGUCCGAGCAGGCUGGUGAGCUCCCAGCCAGUGCCCAGGCAGCAGCAGCUGAGGAACAGCAGAGGUCCCAGGAUCCUUCUCUGCUGAGGGGGCCCGCACCUCUCCUGCUGGAGCACAAGGGGGGCGGUGGAGAGCACCCCCCGCCCCCCUUCCCUGCCUUGGAGAGGCCUCGAUUGAAUAAAAAGAGGGAAGGAAGUUCUCCCACCGCACUGAGCCUCAAUCUGGAGGAGCCCGGUGAGGAGGAGCCCCGGCUGCUGCUGGCCAUCCGCUCGCCUUCGGGGGACAGAUUCGAACGCUACUUCCGGCCCACAGACAACCUGGAGACGGUGGUCGCUGUGGCCGAGCAAAAGAACGCGGCCGCCUACCGGCGCUGCAGGAUCGGGACGGUGGAGGUGCCCCGCAGGACCUUCUCGGACCUCAGCCGGUCUUUGCAGGACUGCGCCAUCCGCCACAAGUCCGUGCUGUGCAUUCUGCUGGACAAGCAGGAGGGGGCGCUCUGAGCAGGAGUGCGUCUGCCUCCCAUUAAACCCCCCUGGAAGGAAACCCAGCCCCUCCCAGCCUCCGUCCGCUCCUUUAGACUCAGCCGAUGCCUCUCCUGGGGGGGGCGGAACACUCGCUUUCACUUGCCCAGGUCCCCCCCCCGCCCAGCCCAAAGGGACGGCGGCGGCCUUUGCUUUCAGGCGCUGUCGGCCCAUUUGAGUGGCUCCCCCAUCUGCACUCCACCUGGUAGGCAGAGGGCUUUAUAUCCCUUCCCCGAUUCAAUUUGAUUUGAAUCCAGAAGAGUGGAAAGGAAAGCAGGGCCAGCAGGAGCUCCCCACACUGUGCCUUUUGCUCCAGAUUCUCCCUUGCGCAGCUUUGGCUGAAGGUGCGGAUAAUCCAUUUUUGGGGGGUGGGGGGUGAGAGAGGGGAGUGGAGUGGAAGCUUUUGCACGAGAUACAAAGACUGGCCCUGUCUGAGGGGAGGCCGGGGCCCCGAUGCCCCGUUUCAAGGCUUCUGCUCCAUUCUGGUGAGGGGUGGCUGUAGAUAAAGACUCUUGAACACGCUCAGCCUUCCCAAGGUGUUACUGCAUUUUUAAUCAAAUUUCUUUUACGAGAUUAUGGCACAAAUUAAGUCUGGAAGGAUCCUCCCCGAAUGGGCUCUGCCUCCAGCGUACAUUUGAAAUUCAGUGUUGUUUCUGGCAAUAAUUUCAGAGCUCCUGCCGAAACAGUCACGGAUGUGUGUUUGCAUUGCGUAUCGCGGUCUUGAGCUCUGCCUGGGGGGGGGGGAGCUUUUCCUGAAGAGCUGCUGCUGCUGCUUUUUGAACAAACAAAUCAACCUGUUUUGAUUAAGAGUGGCCUGUUUAUGUUAUCAAAAUGCCAUUUUUUUCCUCAAACUGUAUUUGAAUGUUUUAAAGAAAAACAUUUCUCUGUCUGCAGGUAGAGUUCGAACUCUCAGUAUUCUGCACAAAGAGACCUGCUAACAGAGAGGACAGCUUGCCAAAAUCACUCUGCCUUCGAGUGUUGAUUUCUUAGCCCAGACAGGCCAGAGGACGCUGGGAGGCAGGAGGAGACUUUCCCAGGGCAUGGAAGCCUUGAGCAGUGGCGGUCUGGCGUCUGUCCAGCUGACCUGGGGGGGGGUCAAUUCAGCAGAGCACCCCAGGGGCCAUUCUCUGGGCUCUCUUCCCAAGAUCAGCCUGUUGUGGCCGAAGGGCCUGCUUUCUUCUCCCAGGGUCCAUGGAGGGGGGGGGGACACCCAGCCCAGGAGGUCAGUGCUGGGAAGGAGGCAGCUCAUCUUGGCCUGGCCUCCUUUGAGCUGCUGGGGGACGGAGACCAGGUGAGGCUACCUGACAUCAUGCAUUGCUGGGUCAAAACGGGCAGCUGGGAACUGUAGCCCUCUGGAGGCCACCCAGUUGGGGGAAGCUGAUAGAAACAGCCCCAUUCAUUUCUUUAAUGGGGGGGGGGAGAGAACUUUCUGACAAGAUCGGGUGCUGGCUUUUAUGUCUCCCAUGCUCCGGCACAGAGCGCAUGAAGCGAUUUUAAAAACCUCCAGGGCAAACAAACCCACGUGGGAUUUAUUAAGGAAAAGGGGUGGACCGAUUUGUGGGAAGGGGAAUAGUGGCUUUUUUUUUGCAUUCCGUUGGGGAAAUCGGUCACUUGAAACCCAUGGAAGAUAUUCUGAGGGAGAAUAUGCACACGGACACACGAAGGACACCGGCACGUGCAUUUAACCCUAAAUAUUUGGGCCACAGCUUUGAUGCCUGGCUUUAGUCACCCUUCCAGUUGAUGGAGCGAGCACGGGAAGAUGGGUGGCGUAAAAAUUUAAUGAAAAGGCUGCACGAAGGGGGUCCCUCAGCAGCGCAGCUCAGCACUCCCAGGCGACCCUCAGCAGCUCAACCAGGGACCCCCAAAGGGACAGAAAGGCCAAAGGAACACCUAGCGGGCAUCAGCUGUGUUUAUUUUAUUCCAGUUAAAAUGCAAGUGCCACGACAACAAACUUAGUUUUAGUCUUUAGGGAGGGCCGGGCUCUCGCCUGAGAAGGCCAGGUACUCCCCUCAAUUUAAAAAUCCCCCCUGGCUCGGCAGGAGGAGGGGAAGGGGCGCCUUCAGCCCCCUGAAGACCCCCUGCUACGAAUCACGCGGGAGACAGCCGAGGCUGGGUGUCAAGAAGUCUCCUGCGGUCUUUAUUCAAGGGAGAAGUUACAUUGGAAAGCAGCUCUGGCCGCCUCUCCCACCCCCCUCUGGGUCCGGCUCGCCUGGUCACCUGGUGUGGCCAGAGUGGGUCGAAGACUCCCUGCCACAUACAGCCCACGCCUGCCUGUUAGCUCCUGUGGAAUAAAAAUAAGUAUGCCCCAGCAUACAAACUCUAUGGACAGCUAUGUUUUUUUUUAACCCACUUGAACCCCCUCCCACUCCCCAAACCCCCCUAAAGCUGUGGACAGAAACUGAGGAAGAGGCUGUGCACAAACAUCCUAAAAAUUUAGGUACAUUUCUAAAACGAGCAGGGCGCACAUGUCCUGUUUUGCAUGAAAAGAAUCCCCACCUCACUCCCAGCUUCCUCUAAAACGCAGGGAUUAAAAACUCAACAUUCUCAAUCGAUUUAAAAAAGGGUCCCGAAUCAAGCAGGAAGCCAGAAGCUCUUCUGCCUCUACCCCCACCCAAGCAUGAAUAAAAAUACUCUUCAUUCUACCGUGCCACACAGAAAGAGAGAGAGAGAAGAAAUCCGAUCCAGCCCUCGCUGCGCCUGCCCGAGAAUGCCACGGCGGAGCCAAGACGAAAAGGCAGCCUCCACUGAGCCUCCUCAGCCCCCCUGAAUGAACACCAUCUGGGGUCACUGCAAUUGUAGGCAUGAUCUCUGUCCCCCCCCCCGCCCAAAAGCCAAAUCAAUUUGGUAGCAACCAACAACACACAGACAGCCAAAAUGCACACCGGUGGCCUGAUGCCCCAUCAACGAUGAACAGGGAGAGGGACUUGCUGGGACGCGGGGAAGAAAUUAAGACCCAAUUAAAACCUGGAGCUCCUUAGGAGGAAGCUGAUGCUCCUCAGCCCUUCGGGGGACACACCUGCCCCUCCAGAGGUGAAGCUAUAAACCCAUCUGCCUGCCUGCCUGCCUGCCCACCCUUCCUUUGCAACCCACGGGACUUCCUCUGGAGGCCCCCAAACAGAGAUUUAGCUCAGCCUUACAGCACCCACAAACACGUCUCCCAUUGAGCCGCUCCUCAUUUCUGCCCAAACCUCUUAUUUCAUCUUCCCGUCUCUAUUUGGAGCUGACAAGAGUUCCCUCUAGACGUGGGUCAGCAUCAGCUCUCUUCGUCCCCACCAGGCUGUUCCCGAAACAGCAUCUUUCUCUCCCCAGGGGCCUGGGAAGUCCUGCGAACCUGCCCAGGUUUUGGCUUCCCUUCCCCGCCAUCCCCCAAAAGCAAGCCGGCGUCUUGAGACCCCCACGUGGGGUUGCAGCUCUCCAAAGUUUCUCAGGAAGGAGAAAAAGGAUAAGAUUGAAAAGACAGGCAACCAUUCCAUCAACAAGGGGGGGGGGAAUCAGAAAACAAGCAGUGAUUUUCCUUGAGUAAAAAUGGCAAUCUCUGCCCACAUCACACAUUCCCAUCAGGAAACUAGCCUGGACAUUUGCUCUUCUCUUUGAAGUGUAAAAAAA